AACUGAGCUUCCUGAAGCAAACUCCAGGUUCUGGACGAGCAAAGUGGGAAACUAACUUUUCUUAUUCAGUAAAGAAGAGAAAACAAAGUCUCUGGAAAGAUGACUGUUUUAUUUCUAACAGUUUUUAUUGGUUUUGAAUGAUCUCAGGUGAAAGGAGAUGCUCCACAGAAGCAACAGAGCAAAGAGUCUUUCCUCCCACAUCUCCACGUGGGAAACAUCUUCCCUCAAACUGAAUCUCUGUUGUCUUGCAGCUCCGGUGCGUCACGUGGACAUUGAGCAGGUGGAGGACAGCUUCACCUGCAGCUCAGAGGGGAUCUACCCCGAGCCGCAGCUCACCUGGUCCACCAGGCCUCCGUCCAACGUGACCCUUCAGAUCCAUACCACAGUGAAGGAGACGGAGCAGCAGCUCUAUGAGAUCAGCAGCACAGUGACACUGUCAGACAGAGACACUGUUCUGAUCUGCAGCAUCAGCACUCGCAGUGGCUGGAGGAGCUCGGUGUGGUAUCAACCCACUCCCGUCCAUGUUUCACCGAGUGAAACAACAACAAUCCACUGCACUGCUCCAAACACCAAACCCCCGACACGCCGGGUGUGGAAGUUCAACCACAGUCAGAUCAUUGUGGACCAGACCGGGGUGGACGGCCCCCCCAGGGUCUCAGAGCAGUGGAGGCAGCAGGUGGAGGAUGUGUCAGCGUCAGGCAGCCUCACGCUGCACCACUUAUCUUCAGAUCACCAGGGAACGUUCACCUGUGAACUCAGUAGUGAAGAGGAGACGCACUUCAUCAACCGCUACGUGACGAUAGAGGAAGGUAAGAUCCCAUGAGACGAGAAGUGAUGAUGAAAUCCUCAGAGCGACUGUCAGACCUGAGGCUGGUGCAGUGAGUCCUGGUUCCUCCUGGUGGAGCAGAUCCCCCAGGGCUCCGUCCUCCAGCUCAUCAGGAGC